CCCGCUCCAGGAAGAGCUGUGUUCCUGGGUGCAGGUGCUAGGUAAUACGUGUGGCAACUUGCCUGGCCACACAACACACCAGGGAGCUAGACGCAGCCCACUUGCUCUCGGAACCCUAUAGAAAGUAGCGGACAAGCCGGAAAGAGCCCCAGACCACUUCCGAAUACCAGGUGCCUCCAAAGGCCAAGCUCACAGUGGCCCACCCAGCAAGUAGGGCCUCAGGAGGGGUUCACAAGUGGCAGAAAGCCUGUUCUUGUGGGAGGUCGAUCCUGGACAGACUGGGUGUUUCUUCCUGUGGACCUGAGCUGACUAGCUCCUGUCUUUCAGAGAGAAAGGGACAAGGCAUCAGUCAUGCAACAAGCAGCUCCCAGCAGCCUUCUCUUGGCCUGUAGCCUGGCCUUGGCACCUUUCCUCGCAGUCUCCUGGGAGAUUAAAAUAAAUGACCUCAAUGAGAAGGAUGUUAAUAAAUUCCAGUCCAAUGGCUAUAAGUGUCCAACAUGCUUUGCUGUGAUGGGAAGAAAGUGUCACACUGAUCUCAAGUGGUGCCGAGCAGAUAGACUGCAGUGUGUUGAAUUUUCUGGCAUCAUAAACACAGGUCUUAAAGACAUGCCUAUUGAAGUGAAAAGAUGCAUACAAGCAGAUCUGUGCGAAGAGACAAUAACUUAUAUGGGUUUUCCAAUUGCUAACCAGAGUAAAAAUUGCAGACCAGCCAUUAACAGUGGGACCAGGAUAAGACUCCCACCUCCCGUCAUCUUUGUUCUCUUCCUGGAGAAGCUGCUUUAUUGAGCUCCUGCAACAGCCCAGCCAUCUCCAUUUAUGAAUUAAACAGUUAUUUUUUUGGUUUA